AUGACUGAUGGCACCACCAUCCUGGAUCAUAUGAUGAAGCUAAAUAAGCACUUCCAGGACCUUGAGGGUUUUGGCACUUUGUUCGAUCUUGAUUUUAAAAUUGGCAUCAUUUUUGCCUCACUCUUUGAUGCAGAUGGGUCAUUCAUUAUGAAUUACCAUAUGAAUAAAGUGGUGGUUAAGAAUGUCUCUGAGCUUACUAACAUGCUUGUUGAAGCAGAAAGUACACUCAAGAAUAGUAAAGUUGUAGCUCUUGUCACUGAGAAAGCUUCUCAGUCUUCAAAGAACAAAAAUAAGAAGAGAAGUAAGAAAGGGAAGAAAGGCAAGUCAAUCAGAGUGAAAAAGGGAUGA